GCUUGACUUCGUUCAAAUACCUGGCUCCUCGCUAUCUGGCCAGCAACACGCCUCAAUGUCUUCAGAGGCCUUGCUCGAAGAAUACGAGGUUCUCGAAUCCAUCUAUCCUACCGAGCUCUCAAAACUCUCGGAACGGGACGUUGCGAUUGAGGUCGAGCCAGAAGACGCGCCGGAGACCGAUGAACCUCUGAAACUCACGCUCAACGUCCACUAUCCCGAUGACUAUCCCGAUGUCCUGCCCGAUCUGACCCUGGAUCCGAUAGAAGGGGAGGUAAGUGAGGCAGAAUGUGCCCAACUUGUCGAAGAUCUGCUAGCCGUGGGGCAAGAUAACAUCGGGAUGGCCAUGACCUUCACGCUCGUAUCUCAUCUUCGUGAAAAACUCGCUGUAUUAGUACGGGAACGAGAAGAAGCGAGGAAGAAAGAGGAAAUGGAGAAAGAGCGUCGCGCACUCGAGGCGGAAGAGGCGUUGACCCGUGGCACGCCCGUGACGGUCGACAGCUUCAAGGCGUGGAAAGCCAAAUUCGACAAGGAAAUGGCUGAGAAGAAAGCAAAAGAAGAAGACGAAAAGCUGAAAGGCAUGUCACCGAAGGAACGGGAGGAGUACAAACGCGUGGGGACACGGCUGUCAGGUCGGCAAUUGUUCGAACGUAAUCGUGAUUUGGUCUCGGCGGACGAUUCCCUUGCGGACGAGGGUACGUCGGUGGACAUAAGACAGUAUGACCGAUCGCGAAUAGAGGAGGAGGAAGAGGAGGAGCGGGUCACUUUCAGCGACAGCGAUUGAGGGAGUGUUUUCACGUCGGAUUGUUAACCGGCCCCCAUGCCCGCGGAAGUAAUAAAAUAUGUAUUUCUUACGUGUCUGUAGCAUGUUACCGCA